AUGCCGUCAGCUGUUCCUGUCGUCCAACGCAUUGACGCCUCGGAACCAGAGGCUAUCAUUGAGGCGUUGAAGAAGGAUGGUGGCGUCAUCAUCAAGAACUUCACUACUCCAGAAUUAGUUGACCAAGUCAAUGCUGAGACGCAACCGUACCUGCGCAAGGAUAAGCCGUGGAAGGGCGCGCUCUUCCCGCCAGAGACCCGCCGCUGCACACGCCUGGUCUCGCGCUCACCGACGGUCCGCAACCACUGGCUGGUGCACCCGCUGGUCUCGCGAUUGACGUCGCACUUCCUGUCCAAGGCGACGCACUGCUGGUACAAUGAUGACCGGCACGAGUACACGCUUUAUCCCAUUCUGUCGAGCAGCAUGACGCUUGAGUGCAACCCGGGUGGCGCAGGUCAGCGGUUGCACCGCGACGAGAAGGUGCAUCAUGGGUGGCGCGACGACCAAACGGCCACUGGUUAUCGCAUGGGCAGUGACGUGAUGAUGGCUUUCCUGAUUCCUGGGACGCAGACGACGCCGGAGAACGGGGCGACGGUGCUGACUGUGAAUUCAUGCAAGGCUAUUCCUGGCUCUCACCUCUGGGGCAUGGAGCGCCACCCGAAGAUGGAGGAAGCGGUACCAGCGACCAUGAUGCCCGGCGAUGCGUGGUGCCAUCUAGGCGGGCUCUACCACGCAGGCGGCGCGAACAAGACGGCAGACUGGCGGCGACCAAUGCACUCUAUGUUUUUCUGUCAGAGUCAUCUGCGCACCGAGGAAAACCAGUACUUGAUCCACACCAAGGAGGAAGUGGCUUCGUGGUCGCGCGAAGUGCAACGAGUGAUGGGUUACGACAUUUCGAGCCCCAAUCUGGGUUUUGUUGAUUUCAUCACGCCGUACAAGUGGCUGACAGGAGAUUACAAUCCGGACGAGAUUGACGAUUUGGACCCAAUUAAGACCUAG